UUUAGAAUCCAAAAUCAUUGUUCGAAGAAGAAAAAAACGAAGAUGGCAACAACAUCCACGGGAGAUAUCGAGAAAACCAAGUCAGUAGAAGUGAAGAAGAAACUUAACGUGUUGAUCGUCGAUGAUGAUACUGUAAUUCGUAAACUUCACGAGAAUAUCAUCAAAUCGAUCGGUGGAAUUUCACAGACAGCUAAGAACGGUGAGGAGGCAGUGAACAUCCACCGCGACGGCAAUGCAUCUUUCGACCUUAUCCUAAUGGAUAAAGAAAUGCCCGAGAGGGAUGGACUUUCGGCAAUUAAGAAGCUAAGAGAAAUGAAAGUGACGUCUAUGAUUAUUGGGGUGACGACACUGGCUGACAAUGAAGAGGAACGUAAGGCUUUCAUGGAAGCUGGACUUAACCAUUGCUUGGCAAAACCCUUAAGCAAAGCCAAGAUCCUCCCUCUCAUCAACAAUCUCAUGGAUGCUUGAUGGAUGGAUGAAUUAUCGCCACUACGUAUCUACAUUAUAUAAAUAUGAAAAACACAUAAUAACGUCAGCUUAUACACCUGUGUGUGUAUGCAUAGAUAUCUAUCUGCAUGUGUGUGUUUUAGGGUUGUUAUGUUUGAUUUUUAUUGUGCGUGGCGUGAUAUACGAUCAUGCAAGUCGUUACUUUUGGCUUAUAAAAUAAUGAAUAAGAUUUGUUA